CCAGUAAACACUCAUGUAAUGAGCCGUACCAUGCCGUGCGGGGCUCAGCAGGCAGCAGGCCUUUUAUGGUCUCCGUUUCCUUCCUGGAGCUCAGUGUGAGGCAGAGAGCAGAGCAGAACAGCUCAGUCCGUUCAUCAGCGCUCCAUCCCCGGUCCGUCCUCCAGCAGCGCUGCGCUCUGCGCCCCGCCGGACCGUUUGGACCUGCAGGAGGAUGUAACAUAGGACAGCUUUCCAGUUGGAUCCGGAUGCGUUUCCCUCGGCGCUCAGUCUGUGGCAUGGUCUGCGCUUUCUCUCCUGGCUCGUUUCCCCUUCAGCAUGGGAACUGCGGUGUCCAAAAGGAAGAAUCUGAGGAGCGAUGCGAUAUCUUCCGUGGCCGCAAAAGUUAGAGCAGCCAGAGCAUUUGGAGAAUGUCUGUCCAAUACCAAUCCAGAGAACUGCAACGGAGCAGAUCAUCUAUUGUCUGACACCUUCCCCAACCAGAACUGCGACUCUCCAGCCGUCAUCCGCUUACAUAACAAUCUGACACCACAGAGCCGCUGUUUACCCAUAUCUGAACCCAAAAAGUCCAGCCAAUCCAAUCCCAGUGCUCAUCUCCAGUCUCCGCCUCAGCUUAACACCCUCCAGGCACCUUUGGGCCUCUCCAAACGUCAACUCUUGGUUGAGCGCAGCCUCUCCAUAGAGGACAGACCAGGUGCCAGGGGCCCAGAGGGGAGCGUGGUGGUGAAGCCAGCCAGGGUGUAUACAAUCACCAGGGAAGGAGGGAUGACCCUGGCGGGCCAUGGCAGCGAGGAGAGCCUGGAACUGGAGGUGCUGAAGCCUCUGUCCCAGGCUCCUGCCUCUGCUCACCACAACCUGUCCUGCACCAGCCAGCCGUCCGCCACAGACGCCUGCAGUAGCCAUCACCGUAGUAGCCAUCACCGCAGCAACUAUCACCAUGCCCACCAACAUCACGGAGGCCAACCGCCAUCAUCACAGCCACUUCAGAGCUCGGGGAGCGCCAACAACAUCCGGGACUGGGGGAUGAGGAGAGGGGGGUCGCGGGACGACUAUACCCCAGACUGCGUGGCCUGCAUUCGGGCUCCGUGUCAAAGCCAGCGCUCCCUAGACCUGGAUACCUCACCGCAGGAUGGAAGGAAGCCCCGCAAGAAACUGGAGAGGAUGUACAGCGAGGACAGAGCGUCUACUGAUGACAGGGAGGAUAAUCCUAAUAGCUGGUUCCCCAAAGAGAAUAUGUUCAGCUUUCAGACAGCCACCACCACCAUGCAGGCAAUAUCGGCUUUCCGAGGCAUUGCUGAGAGAAAGAGGCGGAAAAGAGAGCAGGACGCAGCCACCAUGAUGGAGAGAAAUUUCCGCACACACCUUAGGAUUGUGGGCAGCCGCAGAAUGAAGGUCCAGACCUUUGCCGAACGCCGGGCCAAGAGUUUCAGCCGCUCGUGGAGUGACCCUACCCCUGUCAAGCCUGACUCACUGCAUGACUCCAGAGACAGUGGCGAGCUUCAAACCUCCUCAGGGACACUAGAUGAAGGGCUGGACGAGGACGCCGACUGGGAGGAGGAGAGGGAGAUGGAGAGAGUGGCCUGUGAAGGAGAGGACUUUAUCCCACCUAAAAUCAUGCUGAUAUCCUCCAAGGUCCCAAAGGCUGAAUAUGUUCCUAAUAUCAUUCGUAGGAACGACCCCUCCAUCAUCCCCAUUCUUUAUGACCAUGAACAUGCCACGUUUGAUGACAUCCUCGAGGAGAUAGAGAAGAAGCUGAUUGGCUACAGGAAAGGCUGUAAGAUCUGGAACAUGCUCAUUUUCUGUCAGGGAGGCCCAGGCCAUCUGUACCUGCUGAAGAAUAAAGUGGCCACCUUUGCAAAAGUGGAGAAGGAAGAAGACAUGAUCCAGUUCUGGCGGCGGCUCAGCAGGCUGAUGAGUAAACUCAAUCCCAAGCCCAACCUCAUCCACAUCAUGGGCUGCUAUGUGUUGGGCAGCGCUAACGGAGAAAAGCUGAUUCAGACUCUGAAGAAGCUGAUGAGACCCUCCUCGGUCGAAUUCAAGUCCCCUCUAGAGCUGUCUGCAGAGGGCAAAGAGAUGAUCGAGACGUACUUUGACUUCCGUCUGUUCCGCCUGUGGAAAAGCCGCCAGCACUCCAAGCUGCUGGACUACGACGACCUCUUGUGACCUGAUGCACGUUGUGUUGGCUUGUCGGCCGGUUAUCUCAUGCCUGGGCUUCCUGUACGGUGACAGGGCCUCUGGUCGAAGGGUCCCGAGAGGCCCCUAGACGGGCUCUGUGGCAGAGCUGGAGCAGCAGGACAGUUGGGUCUUUUGUUCCCCUAUGAAGCGAUAGGGUGGCCCUGUAGAUUCAGCCAGCGGUCUACUUUUUCUCCCUUAUCCAUUUUCACUUUCUGCCUAUCUCUCAGAGAAAAGAGAAAGAGAGGGACAAGAAAAAGCACGAGAAGCAAGGGACUCAUCAUUCUAGCCUAGAUGUGUCAGAAGACCCUGGUUCAGAGAGGAUCAAAGAGGGACAGCUGAGAACAGAAGGAACUCGUUCUUUCUCGUUUUUUUGCCUUUAGCCAACCUAUCUGUUGUUUUAAGAUAGAGGCUGAUAAGGAAGGGAGUAUUUUCUUUGUCAGGUGAGGAAAUUAGAGCUUAUAUGUAAAAAAACAAGUGCUUACUGGAGCCUUAGAGAAUAGAUUUCCAGCAUCUCUAUCCAUGCUCACGUGUGAAAAUCUAGACUUUUAAUUAGUCCUAUUCAAAUUGAGAGUUGUCUAUUAAACACAACUUUUUUAAACUUAAAAUAUAUGUAUUAGUAUUUCGUACGGACUGUUGUAUUAACUCAGGUUAUAUAUCUUGUUUGAUACUAAGAAUUGUACUCACUGUAGGCAACAUACUGUAGAUCAGAAUUCAAGGCCUUCACAGUCCACACAGCGUCGUCCUCAGUGACAGUCCUGACUGUCGGGGGAUGUCAUAUUUUAAUGUGUGUGUGUGAAGAGCGGAGGUUUUCUAUAUUUUCUUAGUCUUUCAAGUCAACUGUAGCCAAACAGACUGAUGUAUCCGUGCAUGUUUCAGAACAUUUCAGCAUUACAUUUGACCCUGUGUCCAUAGUGUACUUGCAGUUUGUCACCUCUGUUGCAGGUGGAGACUAUGACAGCAGACUCUCUACACCAUGAUGUAGACAGAAAUACAUGCUGAUAGCAUACAUACAGUAAACUGCAUUUAUUUCAACACUAGAUUUACUCACAUUUUUUUUGAGUAAAUUACAAUUUAUUAUUAUACUUUAUUUUUACUGAAUUUACUGAACUUGAAUCACUCAAAGUAGCAAAGGAGAGGGUUUCAUUUUUGUUUUUCCUUCUCUACCAAGUCUACAGUUUUAAUAUAGUGCUUUUAGCAUUUCAGUGAAUAUCACAAUAUGAUGGUCUGUGUCGCCAAACAGUCCUUUCCAUACCCAUUUUAAACAUCAGGAUACGUUCUCUAGAGUGGAAAUGUUAACUCAAAGCAAUCUAGUCCUGCACUUCCAUUAUCGUUAGAAAAAUAAUAUAUAACCUGACUUUUAAUCCCCACAAACUCCAAAAGCACUGGAUCAUCAUCUACAUUCCACACAAUGCAACUGGACAGCAUCUUUUUAUCACCCUCCCUGCCUGGUAAAUGCCCAUGUCUUUCAAACUCUGAACCCCAACAUGUUGCACAGGCAGAGAACCCUGAUAAGAUCGUUGAAGGGAACUGAUCUUCACGUGGACUGAACACACACUGGCCACAUGUCUCCUCACAGGCUGCAGUAAUGGCCUGAGCUGUAUUUAUUCCAAAGUCUUUGCAUUUUUUCAAAGCAAGUGCUACCCCAAUUGUACUGUAAAGAGCAACAAUAUGUACACUCAUUAUAAAGUAUAUUUACACUAAUGAUAAAUACGUAACUGCUGCAUAAAGUUACUCUACACUGACAGUACAUGUUUUUAAAGCUUACUUCCCAUUUGGAACAGUGUAAUUGCUGGGAUCAGUACUGAUUAUGUAUCGUCAGAUAGGAGGAGUGACAUUACAUUGCUCCGUCUCAAGCUUGUGCUGAGGUGGCCAUGUAUUCUAUUGAUGAAUUAUUGUUGAAUUAUUGUUGAAUUUAUAUCUUUCUGCAGAUGUGUUUGCAAAGAUAGGUUUAUGAACACAUCAUCAAUGUUUAAUUUAUAUGAAAGUGAAGGAGUGAUUCAGGGGAGGAAUUUCAACUAUACUGUACGUGUCAUUCCUCCACAUAUGCUUCCUACAUUUAUAUCCACGCUUCCCUGCACACUGUAAAUGAGUGAAGACAUGGCUGACUGAGCCCUGUCACUGCUGACGUGGACAUUCAUGUCUUGUGUUGUUGUUGCUUCUUGAGCCAUGCAGUCAGCUGAGCUGGAAGAAGGGUUAUUUGCAUUGGAACAUUUUAUGGAUUCAGAUGACAACACUAUUAAUCUUAAUGCAUCCAUGAGGACAUGGGGUCUCUAAAAGGAGCGCUGUGGUCCAAACUGGGACAUGAAAGCAUUGGAGUUCUCUCCUUACAUCAAGUAAGGAUGUAAAACAUGCUAGCAAAGAGCCGCUGUCAUACUUCUUUUCAGCAUCAUAUUUGUAUUCUUGGUGUCUACUAGAAUAGGUUAUACAUGCUUUAAUGUUUCUCAUACUGCCAUUGCUGCAGCUCCUCCACCUAAAACACUCUGUCUGAGCUCUUGGCCCCGCCCUCCUGAAAAGCCAGUGGGCGGGCGGUGCUCAGGCAGCACCUUUGGGCAGAACAGAUGUAAAACUGGGCUGCUUUCUCCAUCAGUGACAUCACUAUUGGAGGAAUUUCAAACAGGUAUGUGGGUGAGAUGUUUCAGACAGUUGAGAAAAAGUGCUGUAUGGGGGAGACAAAGUUCCAUUUGGAGGGAAAUGUGUUUUGUACUUCAUACAUACAUCUGUUCCAUACACAAACAACUAUACAGUAUAUCACACACUAAAAGACGGAGAAAAUCCAAAAAAGCAUUAUAUAGGCUCUAGUAGUACUGCAUUUAGAACACUGUUUUAUAGUACAAAUGUUUUUACAGUGUGCUUUGUGUCAAAUGAAAGCUGACACAGUUUUAUCCUGACUGCCUUGGUUUUUGGACUGAAGUCUGUUAAGUGAGGAGGAAGGACCAGGCAACUUUAAAACUGUCCUCAGCAUUAUAACAGCAGGCUGUUGUUGUUUUCUGGGUGUGAAUUAUUGUAUUACUGUAAAUUAUGAUUUGGGUAUGUGCUGGUUUUGCAGUCAACUCAUCGCUGUGCCACGAAGUAGCAAAUAUCACAAGAUUACUGUCACAUUAACUGUGGUCAUUCCUGUUAACAGCUUAGACAAUACACAGUAUGUUAGACAAGAUUUGAUUGGAAUACUGGCUUUUAUUUGAAAUGUUAUGCUGUUUUAUAUUACAUUUGUACAAUUACAUUUGGCCAGUAGCUGCUGCCACUCUUGUUGUAAUCUUGCUUGUUUCUUAGCAUAUGUACCAACCUCAAAAGGUAGGAAAUGUCCAUUCAUGUAAAAAUCAUAGAGAACAUUCCUUUUUCUUUUUGCUCAUGCAUUGUAGCCCUGAGACAUAUUUCUCAAACAUUAAAACAUGUGACAGUGAACCUCAAAUUUAUCUUUGCCUAAAGGUAGGAUUGAAUCUUUGUCAUUGCUGUACAUUCAUGAUUUUGCUUCAUGCUACUCUCCAAACAUUUCUUCUGUAGCAAUAACUGUGUAUGAAUAGUUCUGUAUGGUUAUAUUUGUAAAAUGUACAUGAUAGGGAAUAAAGUGCAAGGUAUUGUGUUAGUCUGUAAUAAUACCUAUAGAUUACAGCUCUUGCUUUGCUGGAACGUAGGUUAAUUGGAGUGGAAUUUGUUUGCCAGAAAACCAAAACAAUGAGCUAAAAAAGGCUAAAAACCUCCAGCUGAGAGGAAUCACAGAGGUGGGGGAUAUUUCUUUGUGGGUUCAUCAAGACGGGCACCCCCUCUAAUAUCCAGUCAUUUGAUCCAUUUGGAGCUCCGUGCUGAUCCCUACGGUGGAAGAGCAUUGGAGAAAGCACGAGACCUACCAUCAUGUCAUCUACCUGGUAUCAUGUUUUGGUAACAUUAAAGGAGUUGAGCAGAGUUAACCUCAGAGAGUCAUACCAGGACAGUCUUGGCAAUUUAUUGGGUGACGGCAACUUUGAGACAGCAGAAAAUUCUCAGCCACAAAGAGAUAACUCAGAUGUCAAGAGGCUCUUUAAUGACUUGUAUUCAUAUUAGCAUGAACACUGGAGUUAGGCGAGCGAGUUGGACUCGUCAUGCUGGCUCACUGAGGCAGCCAUUUCCAUUUCCUGAGAGCACAAUUACACAAAUGGAGAGAUUGACCCAUGAACGCCUCCGCUCUCCUGUUAUUUUCCAGAUGAAAAUGUCAUCAAUGAGACCCCCUGUUGAAAUUAUUAAUAAGCAUUGCUGUGGCCUCCCCGCUGCUCUCGCUGGUUUCCGUGAAGGUUGCCAGGGCUCAGUUGGGAGUGUGAUUGAGUGUGAUGACGGUGAUGGAUUGAUUGCCCUGAUAUCUCCAGUCAGGCUGUGGUUGUAUUUUGGGAAUAGGGGAAAAUAAUGUGUUCAUGUAACGUCUGUUUCACUUUGCAUCAACUUCUAAGUCAUCUAACUGAGCAUUACAUUUUGAAAAAGCCUUCCUAGACUAACACACAUUAGAGAUCUGUGGGAGUGAUAGAUGUUAUAAUAAGGCUCAAAGGUUCAACAUGUGUCUUCAUGAAUAAAGUCUAGUUUAUUAUGGAAGGUAUAAUAGCAAUUCAUUUUACUGUGUGUCUGGGGCCUUUGAUGCUAGGAAAUGUUAAGAAUAUAUAUGGGUAGCUUCCCUGAGCUUUUGGGUUCUUCCUUAGAAUAGAUAAUGGAACUUUAAUCCAAACUAUUGUAUCUGAACUUCUAGCAAAGAAAUGUUGUUGCAUUGCACAAUGUUGGUAAUAACCUGUGAGGAAAACUAUUGUUUUUAAAACUUUAUUUACAUUAAACCUUAGCUCUACA